UGAAAAUUUUCCUUAUCUUGAAAACUUUUUCUGAAAUGAACGAAUGGAAAAGAAAAAGUAUGCGAUUAUAAAUGCGAAUAAAUUCCUUAAAAAGCAUCUCAAUAUUGCGCAAAAUUAAUCGUAGAUAAAAUUAACUAUUCACACUACUUACCACCUUCAAAAGUGAUCAAGUAUGGGCAGUCGGAAAGCAAAUCAUAGUGCUAUUUCUCGCCUGAAACAAGAUUAUAUGCGUUUGAAGAAAGAUCCUAUUCCGUACAUCGAAGCAGAACCACUACCUUCCAAUAUUCUAGAAUGGUAUUACGUUGUUCGUGGCCCAGAAAAUACACCUUACGAAGGCGGAUAUUAUUUAGGAAAGCUCGUAUUUCCUCGUGAAUUUCCUUUCAAACCACCCAGUAUAUACAUGCACACACCUAAUGGCAGAUUUAAAACGCACAUGAGACUUUGCUUAUCAAUCAGUGACUUUCAUCCGGAUACGUGGAAUCCAGCUUGGAGUGUAUCGACCAUAUUGACCGGACUUCUCAGCUUCAUGCUGGAAAAAAGCCCUACGUUGGGCAGUAUCGAAUGUUCGGAUUACGAACGACGAGUCCUUGCUGCUCAGAGUUUAACCACGAAUCUACACGAUCGUAACUUUUGUGAUCUGUUUCCGGAAUUAGUCGAGAAAAUCAAAACCGAGCUAGACCGAAGGAAGCAAAUAGAAGAGCAAGAGAGUAAAUCGUCUAAUGCUAACAUCACUCGUAACGGAUCCGCCGGUAACGUACGUGCUCUAAUCAUGGAUACCAUAGGAGGCGCCGCUAACGGUCCACCAAUAAAUCAAAACGGUUUAUAUAAUAUAAUAUCGAAUAUCGGUAUCAUAUUCGGUUUCGCAGCUUUCGCUUACGCAGUUAAAUACAUCCUGUUAAAUUUAUCUCACGAAUGAGCCGAAGACGCGAUGCUUUUUCGAUGGAUAUUCUUGUUAUGUCUUACCACAUGUUUGUGUCGUUGAUUGGUAUUAUUUAGCCAAAGUUAAUAUAUUACGUAUAACUUUCUUAAUUCGGAGAGAAAAUUAUUUCAUAAGUGGAAAAUUCGUUCGGUCUGGCGAAUACAAACAUUCGCGCCUUCGUGCUGUUUUAUUUUACAAUUUUUUUCUGGUACUAAAAUAAUUCAUACGAUAAUGUACGUAUAUAAAUAAUCUAUAUUUUCUUUCUUUUCUAUCUUCGAUAAUAUUUUUACGACGUUGGGAAUAUUUCUACCGAGUUGGGAACUACGCAUUUAGAUGAAAGAAAAGUACAAAAAAAAAUUACACCUGUGAAUAGUUGUUUUCCUUUUCUUCUUGUUACUAUGAUAAGAUUUUAUUUUCAUUUUUUUUCCUGUUUUGUUUUGUAAUUUUUUUAUACCUAUUGGAUGACUGGGUCGUUGUAAUCAGUUAUUGGGUACGUCACAGUGUGGGUGAUUAGUAGUGUAAAAGGCGUAUACGGCGACGUACGGACUCGGGAAAUCCGUUAUAAUGGUGUAUUUAUUCCAACUGCAACACCCCGAAGAGCGAAAGUUGCCGCAGAACGUAAACUUUGAGUACAUUAAGCAACACUAUUGAACAGAAACUUACCUCUGAAGGAGUAUUAUUCUUGCUUUGUGUGUCUGUGUAUCCUCCACAAUCUCCUACCAACACGAUACAAGAAAGAACACGUCAUUCUGUAUGUAAAUCUAUUAAAAGCUCGCUACCAGCAACAAGGAGGUACACAUCGCAUCGGUACCGUGAUUAAAUUCUAAUGUACGAUUAUCUUAAUAUCAUACUAUCGUUGUCAUUGUAUAACAUCACGUGUAUAAAAACUCACUGGCCGAUGACUAAUUAAACACCCGACAAUUUACAACCUAUUACCUACACGAGAGUUACUUUAUAACGUGUGAUUAUUUUUACAAUGAUACAGCGUAAAAAAAUGUAAAUGCUUUUUUUUUCUUUUUGUUGUUUUGUACGUUUUAAUUUUUACUUAUUAUAAAUUAAAAAGAAAACAUUGAAUGGAAUAAUACACGUAGUAUUUGGGUUGUUUAA